AUGGGUUCCACCAAUAAGACAGACCGGACGGACGUGGGCCACUCUCAUCUGUCCCCUAUCUUUGCCCCCAAGCGCACGCUUUCCGUUAUUGUGAUCGGGGCUGGUGCGUCGGGCUUGCUUCUCGCCUACAAGCUACAGCGCCACUUUGACGAUCUGUCGCUAGAGGUGUAUGAAAAGAACGCAGACGUCUCGGGAACGUGGUAUGAGAACAGAUACCCAGGAUGCGCGUGUGAUGUCCCAAGCCACAACUACACCUGGAGCUUUGAGCCAAAGACAGACUGGAGCGCAAACUAUGCCGCAUCCAAGGAGAUUUUUGCGUAUUUCAAGGACUUCAGCGCCAAGCACGGCCUGGAAAAGUAUGUAAGAUUGCGGCACCAAGUCGUCGGGGCGCGUUGGGACGACGAUGAGGCGAUGUGGCACGUGCAGAUUGACGACCUGGCACACGGCACUCGGGUCGAGAGGACUGCGCAGAUCUUGAUCAACGCCGGCGGAAUAUUGAACGCGUGGCGCUUUCCCCCAAUUCCGGGCAUCCAAACCUUCAAAGGGCCGCUCGUGCAUUCGGCAGCGUGGCCCGAGGAGGAGCUUGACCUAGAGGGCAAAACCGUUGGGCUGAUCGGCAACGGAUCGUCAGGAAUCCAGAUUUUGCCUGCCAUCAAGGAUAAGGUGGGCAGCCUGGUGACAUUUGUACGCGAGGCAACCUGGGUGGCACCACCUCUAGGCGGGGAAUUUCAUGCCUACACGGACGAAGACCGACAGCGCUUUUCUACGGACAAGGACUCUCACCUGGCCAUGCGUAAGGAGACCGAGAAGUCGGCCAACAGCAUGUUUGCCAUCUUCCACAGCGGAUCACAGCACCAGGCCGGGUUGCGGAUGUACAUGGAGGAUCUGAUGCGCAAGAAGCUUGCCAACCCGGAGCUAGAAAACGUCCUGAUCCCAGAGUGGUCGGUGGGUUGUCGCCGUCUAACGCCAGGCACAAACUACCUUGAGAGUCUGGGGGACCGAAAUGUGCAGACGGUGUAUGGUGAAAUCACACAGAUCACGCCGACCGGCGUAGUUUGUGACGAUGGCAAGGGAGAGUAUUCAAUCGAUGUGCUCGUCUGCGCAACCGGAUUUGAUACGACAUUCAAGCCGCGCUUUUCUCUGGAAGGUACCCAGGGUGCGAAGCUAGAGGAAAUGUGGAAGGAUGAGCCUCAGGCAUAUCUAGGCAUGUCCGUCGACAGGUUUCCCAACUAUCUCUUCACGUUGGGACCCAACUGUCCGAUAGGAAAUGGCCCCGUGCUCAUUAGCAUUGAAGCCGAGGUCGAGUACAUUGUCAAGAUGCUGUCCAAAUUCCAAAAGGAAAAUCUUCGCUCAUUUGAGGUCAAGAGAGAGGCGGUACGCGACUUUAACGAAUGGAAGGAUGUAUGGAUGAAAGAAUCUAUCUGGGCAGAGGCGUGCCGAUCCUGGUACAAAGCUGGUUCGGCCUCAGGCAAGAUUCUGGCCCUGUGGCCCGGCUCGACGCUGCACUAUCUCGAGGCCAUCCAUGAGCCCCGUUGGGAGGAUUGGGAGUUUAAACAGGCAGCUGGCGGGAAUCGGUUCGGGUUUCUGGGAAAUGGACACAGCACAGCCGAAGCAUUUGGGGGUGACUUGAGCUACUACAUCCGCGAUCGCGAUGAUUCGCCGGUUGACCCUGUUUUGAAACGCCUGUAG